AUGGCUGGUGUUUCUAGCAUAACUCAUACCAACAAUGUUCCCUUGAUCAGGUUUCUUUCAAAUGGUGGUUCAUCAAAGCGGAGAAAGAGUGAUGAAGAUGAUAUGAGUUUUGACUCUCUUUCUGGUUCUAAGAAACGAAAGGUAAGAGAAGAACCUUUUCUUAUUCCAGAGAAUGCUAAGAUCAUUUCCAUUGAUGAUGAUGAUAAUGAAGGGUCGGAGCAGUGUGAUGAGAAGAUGUUUGAGGGUGUUUUUGAUGUUAAAAAGGAAGUAAAAAGUGGAGGAAGUGGCAAGUUUUAUGCUAAAGAUGGAACAGUUGAAAACCCGAUUACAAUAAUUUCAGAUGAAUAUGGUGAAAGUGAUGAAAAACACUCCAAGAAACGAAAGUUAAAAGAAGAACCUUUUGUUGUUCAUGAUAAUUCUGAGGUUAUUUUCUUUGAUAUUGGUGAUGAGAAGAUGUUUGUGGAUGGUUAUGAUGUUACCGAGAAUGUGAAAAUUGAUGAAAGUGGCAAGUUUGAUGCGAAAGAUGGAAAGUUUGUUGACGAAAAGUGUGGUUGGACACUUGAAAACCCGAUUACAAUACAAUCAGAUGACGAACACUCUGUUAGUUCUGAUUCUAAUGAUGAUGAAGAAGAAGAAAAUUAUGAUAAUGUUAAACAGGGAGAAAAAAGUGGAGCAAGCGAUGAGUCUGCUGAUAAAGAUAUUUUUUUUGUAGAUUUGGAUGAUUCUGAUGAGAGUGAUGAAGAACACUCUGUUGGUUCUGCUUCUGAUUCAGAUUCAGAUUCCAAUUCUGAUUCUGAUGAUGAUGAUGAUAAUGUUCAAGAGGGUGCAAAAAGUGGAGGAAGUGGUGAGUUUGCUGAUAAAGAUAAUUUUUUUGUUGAUUUGGAUGAUUCUGAUGAGAGUGAUGAAGAACACUGUUUUGAUUCUGAUGAAAGUGAAGAAAAUGAGACUAGCGAUGAGGAUUUUAGAGUUGAUGAGCUGAAUGAGAUUUCUGACAAUGAUGACGAUAGUUCUUCUGAUAAUGAUGGUAAGGAGAAAGAGAAGAAAAAGGGUGGGCGAAAAUACGAUAAUGUCGCAGAGGAAUUGUUGAGAGAGGCAAUUGAUAGACACAAUGGAAUUUCUGAGAUGAAUAAUGAGGAGGUGAAGGAUAAAAGUCCUUCUAUAAAGAAUGAUGAAGUGGAGCAUUCAGAUUAUGGUAGUGUAGCAACUUCUACUACCUUUGAGAAGAAGGGUUCUUCUUCAAACAAGAAUGAUACAUCAAAGAAACAAAAAGCAAAAAGUGUGGAAAAUGUUUCUGACGAUGAUGUAAAUGUUGCCAAAGCCAAAGAAAGGGCUAAACCUAAUGAAACUGUGAAUCUUCGUGAUGAUGUUAAUGUUGCUAAAGCCAAAUGCAAAUCCCAUGUCAAAGCCAAAGACAAUGCCAAACCUUAUGAAAGCGUGGAUGUUUCUGAUUCUGACGAAGGAAAAGAGCAUGUCAAAGGUUUAGAUGCUGGGGGCGUUUCUUUGGUUCAAACAAAGCAAGAAAUGAUAAAGGAAUCACGUAAACAGAAAAUGGUGGAGAACAAAGGAAGGGAUUAUAAAGGUAUAGCUAACAUCCAUAUCGAGAAGAAGAAUGAAUCUAUUGAUAAUAAUGGUUUGAUACAAAGCGUCAAAAGCACACAUUUUAUGUGGAAUGAGUUGCUCCUUGCUAAAUGCUAUUGGGACAGUAUGAAUACCAUGAAGAAUGAUUCAACUUUGUUCGAGUUUGAGGAGGAUGGCGUUGAUCGACAAGAUACACAGCCACAACCGGUUUCUGUGGAGACACCCCCAUCGAUAUGGAGCCUUAAGAAGGUGGAAAAAGUGCAAAAGACCAUGGAGGAGGAGGAGAACGAAGUGUUAUGGGAUGAAUUAGAUACAGUUCUUAGAGAAUCUGACGCUGUAUCCAUGAUUGGAAAUUUAGGGACAAAUGAAGCUACAAAUAUAAAAAGCGGAAGUCCAUCAUCUCGAUGUGAACACGACACUUUUCUCGACGAAGAGAUUGGUGUAUAUUGCAAAUUGUGUGGUGUGGUUAUUACUGAGAUCAAAUAUAUCUCACCACUAGUGGUUGAAAGAUUUCCAUGUGAAGGUUCAGGAAGAAAGGCAUCAUUUGAUGGUGUAAAUGUUUCACUGUUUGAUGGAUCUCAAUUCAAUGUUUCUGAUAAAGAUUCAGAAACUAAUUUCUCUCGCAAUGAGGGAACAGUUUGGGACCUAAUUCCAGAUUUGAUACAAACUUUAUAUCCUCAUCAACAAGAAGGCUUUGAAUUCAUUUGGAAAAACUUGGCAGGAAGCGUAAAGCUUCAAAAGUUAAAGAAUGUCGAUCCUUGCAGUGAAGGUGGCUGCAUUAUUUCUCAUGCUCCUGGUACCGGAAAGACAAGGCUGACCAUAGUGUUUCUCAAGGCAUAUUUGAAAGCCUUUCCCAAAUGCUUGCCGAUUAUUGUCGCUCCUGCUAGUAUACUACUAACUUGGGAGGAUGAAUUCAAGAAAUGGGACAUUGGAGUUCCAUUUCACAAUUUAAGCAAUCCCGAGUUAUCUGGUAAAGAGCAUGCUGAUGCGGUUGAAACGUUUGAUAGGUCCAAUACACAACAUAAUAUUCAUGAAACGCGGAUGGCAAAACUGAUUUCGUGGUUCAAAGAAACAAGCAUUCUUGGAAUCAGCUACAAUUUGUUUGGAAAAAAAUGCCAAGAUAAGAAAAAGCUUGAAAAUGUGAAGGAGAGAAAAGGAAACUGUGAUAUGCGAAAGAUUCUGCUUAAAUCUCCCGGUUUGUUAGUUCUAGAUGAAGGACACACACCAAGAAAUCAAAGAAGUCAUAUUUGGAAGGUGUUGUCCAAGAUUCAAGCGCAGAAGCGAAUCAUCCUUUCCGGAACUCCAUUCCAGAACAAUUUCUGGGAGCUUUACAGCACCUUAAGCUUAGUGAAGCCUUCUUUUCCUAACACGAUACCGCCUGAGCUAAAAAGUUUUUGCCAUAAGCAGGGACAUAAAUCAUCUAAAAAGCGGAGUUGUGAACCUGUUUCAGGCAACACAACAAGAGACCCUUCUGAUGAUAAGAUCAAGAAGCUGAAAAUGCUAAUGGAUCCCUUUGUACAUGUUCACAAAGGGGCGAUCCUUGAAAAUAAGCUUCCCGGGUUAAGGGACUGUUUGGUGACUUUGAAGGCAGAUAGUUUGCAGAACGAAAUUCUGAAGAGCAUUAAACGUUCUCAGAACACCAUAUUUAACUUUGAACGUAAGAUAGCAUUGACAUCCGUCCAUCCAUCGCUUUUCCUUGAAUGUUCUCUUUCGGAAGAAGAAGAAUCUGCUCUUGACAAGGAUCAGCUGGAAAAGCUUAGACUGAACCCACAUGAAGGUGUCAAAACAAAAUUUUUGUUCGAGUUUGUUCGGCUAUGCGAUGCUUUUCACGAGAAAGUUCUUGUGUUCAGCCAAUUCCAUGCGCCUUUACAAUUAAUUAAAGACCAAUUAACCUCUGCUUUUAAAUGGUCUGAGGGAAAGGAAGUGUUAUUCAUGUCUGGCAAAGAUCCUCCAAAGGUCAAGCAAUCCGUAAUCCAUAGCUUCAACGAUGCAAAUUGCCAAGCAAAGGUUCUACUUGCAUCUACAAAAGCUUGUUCUGAGGGAAUUAGCUUAGUUGGAGCUUCUAGGGUUGUACUUCUGGAUGUUGUAUGGAAUCCUUCUGUCGAAAGACAAGCUAUCAGCCGAGCAUAUAGGAUUGGUCAGAAGAGAGUGGUAUACACAUACCAUCUGCUCGCUGAAGGGACUACUGAGGAAGAAAAAUAUGGUAAACAGGCCGAAAAGGACCGGUUAUCUGAGCUUGUUUUUUCGGAGAAAAAUGCCACCGAUAUUGAUGAGGAGUCCAAGAGCUGUGCAGGGAACUUUGAAGAUAGAGUUCUUGAUCAGAUGACUCGGCAUGAAAAUCUCAAAGACAUGUUUGUUAAGUGUGUGGUACUGAGGAAGGAGCGAGAUGUGGUCUGAGAGUUUUGGCCGUGGAUCCAAUUUCACGCUUGGAUACAUUUCUGU